AAAUAAGUGUUGAUAUCCUUUAUUUUACCGAUUUUCUUUUUGAUUGCUGUAUGAGUGCCAUUGUCAUUCUGAUGCCAUAAAUAGCAUAAUCAAACUCCCGUCGUAACGCGCUGAUGAAUACCACUAGUUCCGUCAACCGAAAUAAAUAGCAAAUUCAUAAUGUAAAAAUCCCCAAUUUCUCCCAAACGAUCAUAGAACACAACACCAUCACCGUAUCAGGUUGUUUGAGAAAGAAUUGUGAGUGAACAUGACAACGGCUGCUAGACCGACAUGGGCGCCUGCUAAAGGCGGUAAUGAACAAGGUGGAACUCGUAUUUUCGGUCCGUCUCAGAAGUAUUCUUCCAGGGAUAUUGCUUCUCACACAACUCUCAAACCAAGAAAGGAGGGUCAAGACACACAGGAAGAACUAGAAAGGAGAGAUCUCAAAGAAGAGUUGGAGGAGCGUGAACGAAGGCACUUUUCAUCUAAAGACAAGGGUUAUAGCGAAGACAGAGAUCGAAGAAAGGGUGGCCAUCAUCUACUAGAAGGUUCAAGGAGAGAAGUGGAGGACCGUAUCUUUCCUCGCAGUGCAGAUGCUGAUGAUGCUGAUGAAGAUGAAAAAAGUGACGAUGACAGUGAUGAAGAUGAUGAUGACGAGGAUGAUGAAGAAGCUCUUAUGGCAGAGCUUGAAUUAAUAAGAAAGGAAAGAGCCGAGGAGAAACGCCGCCAAGAACGUGAAGAGCGAGAACAGGAACUUAAACUCAAGGAGGCAGAAACAAUACGAGGAAACCCGUUGCUUAAUAACGCAACAUCUUUUAAUGUAAAGCGAAGGUGGGAUGAUGAUGUGGUUUUUAAGAACCAAGCUCGUGGGGAAACCAAGGCUCCGAAGCGCUUUAUUAAUGACACCAUUCGCAGUGACUUCCAUCGCAAGUUUCUUCAAAAAUACAUGAAGUAGUUUAAUUUUUUUAGUCGAAAGUUGGGAAUAGGAAGCAGAAUACAAACAUUUCUGGUUCCAUGGCAUGUGGAUUUGGUUCAAUAUGUUAUGAUUGUAUAAUGUUGAAUGUAUUGAAUUUGUGAGCUACUUGAAAUAGUUAUUUCUUUGUAUUUGUUGGAAAAUAUAUGUUAACUAAAACGUCUUACGGUGUAAAUGAGUCGAGCCUGAGCCCGGAUUUGAUUUAGCUCGGCUUAUGAGUAAUUAUAAAACUUCUUACAGA